AUGCAUUUGCAGAACAAACAUCUAUCUAUCUAUCUUUCUGUCAGAAUCUAUCUAUCUAAUCUUUCUAAAUUUAGCACUGUUCAUCUAUCUAUCUAUCUAUCUAUCUAUCCUACUAUCUAUCUAAGGCUAAUUUUUUUAUAUAUACUACAUUUUAUCUAUCUAUCUAUCUAUCUAUCUAUCUAUCUAUCUAAUGCUAUUACACACUUCUUUCUUUCUUUCUUUUUUCUUUCUUUCUCCCUUUCUAUCUUUCUUUCUCUCUUUCUUUCUUUCUUUCUUUCUCUAAGAAUAUUUCUUUCUUUCUCUAAUUUUCUUUCUUUCUUUUUUCUUUUUCUUUUUCUUUAUGCCCUUUCUUUCUUUAUUUCUUCUCAUUUUCCACGCGAUCAAAACGGAAUAGUCUAUUUUUUUACGAGCAGAUUAAACACUUCUUUCUUUCUUUUUUUUUCUUUCUCCCUUUCUUUCUUUCUUUCUCUCUUUCUUUCUUUCUUUCUUUCUCUCUUUCUUUCUUUCUCUUUGGCCCUUACUUUCUUUCUUUCUUUCUUUCUCUCUUUUUUCUUUCUUUCUUUCUUUCUUUCUUUCUUUCUUUCUUUCUUUCUUUCUUUCUUGCUUCAAGCUUUUCUUUUAAUCUAUUCUGCAUUUCCAUCUCUUUCUUUCUUUUCUUUUCUUUUUUUUUUUCUUUCUUUCUCUUUUCUUUUUUUCUUUUCUUUCUUUUUUCUUUCUUUUUUCUUUCUUUUCGUUCUUCAAAGCCCUUUCUUUCUUUCUUUCUUUCUUUCUCUUUCGCCCUUUCUUUCUUUCUUUCUUUCGCCCUUUCUUUCUCUCUCGCCCUUUCUUUCUUUCUUUCUUCUCAUUUUCCACGCGAUCAAAACGGAAUAG